CUGAUCACGUGAAGCUUUCCAUCUUCUGCAGCUGCGGCAUUUAGUUAUUCUUGGUGCAGUGAUUUAUCUGUCAUUACAUGAUGAACACGGUGUGAACUGGGCAGGCUUAAAUCUGCAACAAUCUAUUCGUCUGAAUUCAUUUGCAACGUGCAGUGAGUGUCGAGCUUUGCGCUCUGAGCAUGCAGUAAAGCGGUGAAGAAUCAGGCGGCUCAUUACUAGCUGUUUUCCCAUCUUAGAACACUGACAUCAUCCUCAUCAGGAUUCUGGCUCCGGGCAGCGGCUAUUCAUGCAGUACUCCCAACGCGCAGCGUUUGCAAGCUCAGCGCCUCAAUGCGACGAUCAUUAGGAUGUCUGCGCUCGGCGGCUCAAGUUUAUUUUAUUUCACAGACUGCAGGCCGUCAGUGUGGUACUGCUGCAGAGGCUGGAUCGGUGCUUUGAUGACUGUUCUUCAAAAACUCGACAGAACACUGGUUACCACAAUAUUGAGGCAACUUCAUGGAGAAAAUUAAAGGAAUCCCUUUAAGAUGACACGCACAGACCCACCUGAUAUACUGGUAUCAACUGUGCAUCAAGACAUAAAAGUGAUUCCUAUAUCUACCCACUACAAAUCUUUGCAACCCUCCAAACAAUGUGAUUUUAUAAAUUGCAUUACAGUGGAGGACAGUCAAAGCAAAGUUAAUAAGAGGCACUGUCAAACCUUUGACUAUAAGUCAUUGGAGUACCCAAAAUCACACAAGUCCUCAAUGGAGUCCCCACACAGAAAAGCUGAUAGGCAUGCAGCCAACCCAGAUGUUGCUUGGAAUGCCCUGGGUCGCCACCAGAGAUACCGUUUUUCUGCUCCAGACAUUUUCAGUCACAGAUUAACUCCUCAAUCAGUGGCUGCAGAAAGGGCAAGUGAGGUAGUUGUCCCUGAAAAUAAAAGAAGGACCAGGUCAAAAAGUGCCUCUCGUGUUCAGACUGGCCUCACUCCUGUGACUUUUGAAGGUUACUCAUCAUCAGGAAGGAAAGGAAGAGAGUCCCAGAGGGUUCCAAAAGACUCUCGCUGGAGAGCUGAAGCAUCCCCACUUAGAGAGUCAUCUUAUGUAGCAACAAGGACUCAUAUGCAUGAAGUACAUCCCAUUAAGCUGCAGCCUCAAAUUGGUGACAGCAGUAGAUAUUCACCACACUAUGCUUCUGAUAAAUUUGAGGAUGGAAGUCUAGAUAAAUCAGCAACUAGCCCCCAUGUUAGGUGUCGAGUGGACAUCAAGCCCGAUGAUGCGGCAUUACAUCAUUCAGGUCGAAAACAGACAACAUCUGCAAUGGAAAUACCCUGGCAGAGGCAUCACAGUACUGGGAGAAGUCUGACUGUGCCACGUCAUUUCUCCUACUCCAGAACUCCAACUCCCACUGACUCAAUGGGUGCAGAAAGUAGGCAAGCUUAUCAAUAUUCCCGAAGCAUGCCAAAUACUUACCUACAACACAUGGAGCUUCCAUUACAAAGAAUGCCUUCUGCUAGUGAUUAUUAUGGUAGAGAACAUAGAGCUCAUUCCAGUCCUAAUGUGCCAACUAAUUUCUUUUAUGCAGAUGAUGUAGCCAGAUAUGUGACUGCUCCUGCUCCAAAACCAGGAUCUUUUUUUCAUGAUGAGCACUACACACCAGGUAAAACAUACAGUCCCAAAGUACAGUAUGUGCAAGAUCCAAGGACUCGAAUAGUGCAUGCUGUAGCUACUAGACCAUAUUAUUCUGAAAUGGAGCCCCACCCUUACUCUGUGCAGUCAGGAUAUCCCAAACCAUAUGCUGAAAAUGAACCAGGGCCAUACAUCAUAAGCACACCCCCCACAAGUAUAUUGUAUGGUGAUGAUCCAAGAACUUAUCAAAUUCAGACAGCACCACCACGAUUUUAUUAUUCCAGUGAUAUGUUUGCAGUCCCUCCAGAGCACCAUGUUCCAGCAAGGGCAUACUAUACUGAAGGUCGAAGACAUGCUAGAGUCACUCAACCACAAACUGAUGACUGGUAUGGCUCUGAUGCAUCUGGUUAUUCUACUAAUCCAGCCUCCUAUGUGUCGCAGAUCACUCCAACCAGAGUCCGGCAAGAGCCUGUACUAACUCCAUGGUAUACCAAUCCAUGUGUAGAACCUCAAAAAAUAGGUACAGAUUCCAAAUCUUAUUCCAGGUCUUGGGACAACAUUCUCAACUCACGUGUAGAAAGAGAACAACCUCUUCCUGUACAGAGAGGUCAGAGCUACGAUGAUCUUCUGGACUCCAGGAAGCCGCCUAUGGCCACAGGUGACAAACCAAAACCAGUGGUAGUCAAUCUUUCCAGUUCACCAAGACGCUAUGCAGCCUUAUCAGUGUCUGAUAACUCACUUAUUGACAAAAGUCCAACAGAGACGUCAAAAAGUCCCACAAGCAAACUUUGGUUUGUUACUCCUGAAAUAACAAUCACUGAUAAUGACAUUAGGCCAGGAAAUCUUAACAAGGCUGAAGGACGGUCUGCAAGUUGGGAUAUUCUUGACUCUAGAAACGCUGAGGGUCUAGAAUUACAUGACUUUGAUAGCUCAACCAAAGAAAAGACACAUGAUAAUGCCUCACUUCAGCAAAGCCUUGAGCAGCUUGAUGAGCUCCUAGCAGAUCUUGUGACUGACUACAAGCCACCCAGUAGACGAACAAGUGAGGAGAUUUUGGACCAAUUAAAGAAGUUAAUUGAUGAGGAAGAAGCAGUAUCUCUGUCCAGAAAAUGCUUAAAGCCAGAUACAGAUGAACCACUGCCUCUGGAUAAGCAGCCAACUUCAAUCAAAAUUAAUCCAGAUGUUUUUCGUGACAUGGAUGGGCCAAGUGAUUCAAUGAAGACCGCAGAGGAAUGCUCUCCAGAUCAAAGUCCAGAUGAGGAUGAUACAAUGAUGUGCUCCAACAAUAAGUGCCGGAGAACAGAGACCUUAUUCAAUGCUUGUCUUUAUUUUAAAUCCUGCCACAGCUGUUACACCUACUACUGCUCUCGGAACUGCCGUAGAGAGGAUUGGGACAUACAUAAAGAAAGCUGCUUAUAUGGAAGAAUUGGAAGCACAUGCCGGCAUAUUAUAAAACACUGCCGGGAGACUGUUGAAGUCCACAAAGCCUUCUCCCGUGUUGCCAAGGUUGGCUACCUUUCUCGAGGUAGGGGGGUCCUCUUCCUUGGCUUUCCAAAUCCUUCUUCAUCUUGUAGCUUCCUUCAGUAUGGCCUGAAUAGUUUACCAAUGUCUCCUACAUACCUGUCUCUUCGGGAGCUUGAAAGCUUCAAGGACAACCUGGGGGAAUACUGUAAUGAGCUGCAAGAAGCUGGUAAAGAAUAUGACCCAAACGAAUGUUUCAUCUUGAAUGUAUCCAUUGCUGUGGGUGACCAGCUGCCCGAUGGGCCAUCGCCAAGGAAUCAAGCUCCUACAGUUAGAAAAUAUGCAAAAAUUGCAUUGGCUUCUUUUAGUCCUGAGAGAAAGGUUCACAAGAAAGAGAAUGACAUGGAAACACUGAUCCUUACACCACCUCCAGGAACGGCUGAUAUUGACAUGGAAGGAGAGGAAGGUCGGAAGGCACGAGAAAUCUGUUUCAUCAAUAUACAACGGGAACUGAGAAUGAGAGGAGUUUUUCUACGCCAUGAAUACCCAAAUGUGUAUCAACAGCUUUGUGAAUUUGUGGAAAGCAACAGAAGGUUCACACCUACAACUAUUUAUCCAAUUGAUAAGAGGACUGGCAAACAGUUUAUGUGCAUGAUCAUGGCUGCCUCUGAGCCCAGAACACUGGACUGGGUUGGUGCACCACAUCUGCUUGAUGACAUCAUUUAAGGGCACCUUUUGUUGAAAAUAGAUGUGUAUAGAAAUACAUACAAAUUCUUGCACAUAUUUCUAUUGGUCUAGCUGUAUACAGUUGUGUGUAGUGCAACUGUAGAAAUUACAUACAUUCAUGCCUGCUUGGUCAGUAUUAUUUAUUAUUAAAAUAUUUCUCAUCAGGUGUAGAAGUACAAUAUAUUAGUUAUUUAUUUUAACACUAUAAAAUGCUUUAAGUCAUCCACAAGUCAUUUCCUGGUUUCUACUGUUACAAAACAUUCCCCUUGGUUGGGACUGCUAAACUCACAUAUUACUACUAAACUCACAUAUUGUUUUUUUAAUAUCUCAGAUAAGUAAAUAGUGGUUAUUAUUUUGUCCUGAACUUUUUUACAUGACUGUCUACAUCUGUGAGUACGGCAUAAAUAUUUUCAUAUUUAACUUUUAUGGUAUGACAUGCUGGAAAUAAGAAACAUUAUUUUCUUAGCAACGCAAACACUUUCUAUGCAAGGUUAUUUCAUCAAUUAAGUACCACAUUCCUGCAGGUGUAGCAUCUGCUAUAUUAUGUAUGAUACAUACAUAUUAUAGAAAUAUAUAGAGACUUUAGAGACUGGUGUGAAAAGUAAUGAUUUUGAUGGAAGUGUAAAUUCUUACUAGACAUAAAGGAUGACCGAGAAAGAAACAUCUUGUGCUGUUUAAGAUAUCUAGUACAAAAGGCACAAAAUUUUAUAUUGAUUUGAAAAAGUACUCUAUUGAAAACAUGGACUCUUCUGUCUAAAGGCAUACUUAGAGAAGUUCACAUCAGCAUAACAUUUCUUUAUUCUGCUCUGCAGAAUUAGCAGAUCAAUCCUGGACUUGAAAACCUUCAGAAUGGAUGUUAAAAUGGUGCCAGUUACAAGCCCCACUAGAGGUGUUGGCCUGUACUCUUCAGUUUAAACACUGUGAAUAGUGAAAGUUAUCUAAAAACUCAACUUGGUCAAAUACCAACAUGUAAUGCAACUUCUUUGAAAUACAAUUUAUGAGUUGUCUUUUUGGAUAUUUUCACAAAUGAAUAUCUAUAGGAGUUAUUGUCCUUUGAACAAAGUGAGCCAGAUUUUGGCACGGUAACUGUAAGGUAGACUUCUGAAAUAGGGACAGAAGAAGUUAGCUGUGAAUUUGUGCUGAUCUAGGUUUAUUACAUGUAUGAUAUCCUUAUUAGUUUUAGCGAAUCAGAGUCUUUAAUUUGUUUAUUAGGUACAAAAAUGUAGAAAGUUUAAUAAUACCACUUAGCCAUAUUGCCUCAUUUUUUCUGUCAAUUGUGUAUUUGUAGCAUCCUAAAUCUUACUUUUAUCCUAGAGGUGAAUGGAAAGAAGGGUGUGGCUUGAAUUUAUUGUAUGUUUGAGUGCUAAUAUUCUAUCUAAAUAUGGUUUACCUGACACCACAAAAACAUACAAGUCGCAGUAUAUCACAAAUAUGUAAAUUUCUUAUUAAUCACAAAUGAAGGUGGAUCAAUUUGUUGUCCUUUAGCGAUAUACCUUUCUCAGUCCUCAGAAUCUGUGCAACAAAGUACAAUGAAACUUGAGGCUUACAUAUAUAUAUAUAUAUAUAUUUUAAAAAAGUUACUUUUAAGAUAAAGUACUGUAAAAAAAAAAAAAAUCUUGAAAAGUUGACUGGCUGCAUGUUAUUUGAUUUUUCUUCUCCAAUCUCAUUUUAACAUGUUAGUAACUGCAACAUGCUUGAUGAAUGAGCCCGUGAAAGUGAUACAAUGCUGUUCAAGAUUUGUUUUCUUCAUUUCUAUUUAUCAUGUUAAACAAUAAGAGACCUCACUAAAAUGUUUAGAAAAUCCUGUAAUCUUGUAUUUUUUAUACUUUCAACAUAUAUGUGUGUGUGUGUGUGUCUAUUUAUAAACCAUGUCCAAUAAAUGGAACAGGAACUGCCUUCUUUCUUUUCUCAAGGGGAUAUUUAUUCAAGUUAAGCUUUUUAAUCAGAGUAUUUAAAAGACAAGAAUAUUACAAAUGAGCCAUUUUCUUUUGUUGACCGGUUGAGGACCUCUGAUUUAAACAGUAUUUAUUACAGCUGUUAUGAGUGUUAUGUCUGUACCAGGAAACCCAAAUAGUCUAGUUUGAUAUUAUUUACUCAAGAAAUUAGGCAUUUUUUCUGUGGAGGAUAUCUUGGUAAAAGUUCCUCCAAAGAUCUGCAUGUCUUUGGAGGAACAAAAACAUGCAGAUCUUUGUUCCUCCAAAGGGUAGGAAAAGAAAGGGAGAAAGGAAGAGAAAAGGUUUAAAGGAAAAAAGGACACGAGUAAGGGAGAGAAAGAAGCAUAGAGAAAAGAAAAGUAAACACUCUUCAAGUCUGCCUCUAGACCUGCCAAAAAACCCCAAGUCAUUACACAAUAUAUUUAGUGACUAGAUUUUUAUAUAUAAUAGAAAGGUAAAUCUGACUGGUAUCACCCAGUGAGAAAUAAAGUUCACAUCCUUUGAUGAACCUUUGAUGGCAUUUUUACUACCAGACCUUUACUAGUAAAACAUGUUAAGAGAUGCUGUCUUUGAGAGGCCCCAGAUUCUUGAGGUUUUUUACAUUCAAAUUCAUUCUUUAUCUACAGUUUGUUAAACUCUGUAAUGGGUAAGUUCCUUUUAAUUUCAACACUGUGUGUGUUCAAUCUUCGUAUGGGCCAGACCAUUAGAAGGAUAUACAGCAUCAGGUAAAGUAGGGCAGACCUCCAUCUUCUUUUGUGAGUUCUGGAACUCCUAAAAGCCAGCAGAGGCUCAAGUGUAAUAUAAUGUAAAUAUACUGCUAGCCUGUUCCAGUCAAUGUUAAUGCUUAUUGAAAACUUGAACAUUUGUUUGUGACAUUAGUCCAACAGAAAAACAUCAAGAUGUUGUCCGUAAUAACAUUCUGCAACGUUACCGUCAGUCUCAGUAAGUAUUAAAUGAACAGAUCAAAUAAGAUCAGGUAAGAAGUACAGACUAACAAAGGAGAU